GAUCAAUAAAUUCUGGUCAAAAAAGCUCUAUUAAAGAACAUGCCUCUUACAAUCAACAUAGAGAUGCAUUAAGGCUUGAAGCUACUAAUAAAACAGCUGAUGAAACAUUAAUAAGAAUUAUGAAAUACAUACAAAUAACUUAUAAAAAUGAAACAUAUGAAUGUGAGUUUGCAUUUACUAUUUCCAAUACAAUUAAGUCUGAAAUUUGA